AUGUCUGAAAUGACCGAGAGCAAGUCCACUACAUUAAUCCCGACAUGGGAUUGCAAAGCCCCGCUCAACGUCAACGAUUUCAACUUACGAGUCGAGACCAAGACCCCUCCUGUUGAGUCUGAGGUCGUUUCCGAAGCCUUAUUUCCAGUCAUCCGUAGCCAGAUUGGCGAGUUCAUUCGUCAAAGCCCAUCUCAUUUGGACUUCAUCAAUCCGGCCCUGAAGUCCUUCUCCAGGAAGGCAUUUGACGCCUCCUAUUCAGGGCUUGACGAGCUUGCCGCUUUUGAGUCAACGAUAGAGCAAAAGUAUCUUACGCGUUGCGAUGCUCAAAACCCGCUGCACUUUCUAACCAUGUGGAUGGCGCGCGCGUCACUCGCAAAGAUCGGAUUUGCACAAUGCCUAUCAAACAACUCGAAGGGACUUGCGCAAGGAAGUGAGGAGCAGCGCAACGUUGGUCUUGGAUUUGCGCACCGUAUGCUUGAGUGCGAUACGCUGCUCAUGACCUCACCCCUCAUAGCAAAUUUCCGCUGGGUUGUCUACAUGCACUUCCCGUUCCCUGCCUAUAUUCAUCUCGCCCAAGAGUUGAAAAUACGCCCACUAGGCCAACUCGCAGAUCGAUGGUGGCAGGCAAUGAGCGAGAACUGCGCCGCUCGGUUGAUGGACUUCGAGAAAAAGGACAGCCCGGUGGAGACCAAACCCAACAACCCUUUCUUCACACUCUUUGGGGGGCUUGUUCUACAAGCUUGGUCGGCACGUGAAGCAAUAACGUCCGAACAAUCGGAUCCACCAGCUAUCGUGGCGCAAAUCAGACAAAAGAUGGCCCUAAGGGACAAACUAGCGGCAGAGUCGCAAUUCCAGACGCCAGGUCUUGAUGAUCCACAAACGUCCGAGCUCAUUAGUUUGGACAGUCUCGGCUCCCAAUCGAGCGUUACCCGUGGCAGCAUGAAUCUGGGCUGUGUAGCUUUCCCCAUGGAACAAGCUUCGAUGAACUACAAUGGCAAUCCAUGGGAUUGGCCAAUGCCGGCUUGGGCUGGAAUGCCCGGUCAAGGCUGGUGA